GGGGGAAGGGGACGGUAGCUCCAUCUUGAAGAGGUGCUGUGUGUGUUUUUCGCGCCUGUCAGACUCGGACUGUCAACACUUUAACACCAGUAUCUUCAUCUUUUCAUCGGUAUUCUUAUGUUUAAACCUUUUAUAAGCGACUUGCCGUUUUAUCCGAGGAGUCUCCCAGCUUCAUGUCGGGGUCCUGCUGUGUAAAAAGCUCUUAAUUGGUGUGUGUUGAUUGUGUUGCCGAAGUAGGCUCUGCUGCAUAUGUGCUGUUCUUUAGUGUCUCUCCUGCCUGCGGUGCCUGGAAUGGGCCAGAAGUCCAAAAGAGUUGAAGCAUUUUCUUUUUAAUCAGAGUUUUUACCCUCUGAGCUUUGUUACGCUCAGCACCAUGUUUUGGAAGUUUGACCUGCACACAACGUCGCACAUCGACACACUCCUGGAUAAGGAGGAUGUGACUCUAACGGAGGUGAUGGAUGAGGAGGACGUUCUUCAGGAGUGUAAAGCUCAGAAUCACAAGCUGGUGGAUUUUCUUGUGCGGCCACAGUGUAUGGAGGACCUGGUGGGCUACAUCACUCAGGAGCCUAAUGAUGAUGUGGAGGAGAAAAUUAAAUACAAGUAUCCCAACAUAUCCUGUGAGCUUUUAACUUCAGAUGUUGGGCAAAUAAAUGACCGAUUAGGUGAGGAUGAGAGCUUACUGAUGAAACUCUACAGCUUCUUGCAAAAUGAGCCUCCACUGAACCCUCUCCUGGCCAGUUUUUUCAGCAAAGUCCUGAGCAUCUUAAUUGGCAGAAAGCCGGAGCAGAUUGUGGAGUUCCUGAGGAAGAGGGAAGACUUUGUGGAUCUAAUGAUUAAACACAUAGGAACGUCAGCCAUCAUGGACCUUCUCCUCAGAAUGCUUACCUGCAUUGAGCCUCAGCAGCUUAGGCAAGAUGUUUUGAAUUGGUUGAAUGAGGAGAAGGUGAUCCAGCGUCUGGUGGACAUGGUACAGCCCUCUCAGGAUGAAGAUAGGCACUCAAAUGCGUCCCAGUCGCUGUGUGAGAUCAUUCGACUCAGUAGAGAUCAGAUGUUCCAGGUACAGGGCUGCUCUGAGCCUGAUCCCCUUCUGGCCACACUGGAAAAACAAGAAACUGUAGAGCAGCUGCUGUCAAACAUUUUUGACAAGGAGAAGAAUGAGUCUGCAAUAGUCAGUGUAAUCCAGAUCCUUCUAACGCUUUUUGAGACACGGCGACCAGCGUUUGAGGGUCACCUGGAGCUUUGUCCUCCCGGGCUGAAUCACCCGUCCUUCUCUGUUAACCAGAGCAUUCUUGAUGCAGUCAGACCCAGACUAAAAGAUUUUCAUCAACUUUUGCUGGAGCCUCCAAAGAAAACCGUUCUGAAGACCACAUGGGGGGUGUUGGACCCGCCGGUGGGGAACACGCGCCUUAAUGUGGUCAGACUAGUGGCUAGCCUUCUGCAGACCAACACUCAUAUCAUCAACCAAGAGCUCAUCAACCUCAACAUGCUGGGAGUCAUCCUGGAUAUGUACUUCAAAUACAUUUGGAAUAACUUUCUUCACAUACAAGUAGAAAUUUGUACUGCCAUGAUCUUAGCGAUGCCCCCGACCCAGAGUGACUCAGAAAUCAACAGAGAAGACGACCAAGAGCCUGUCAGAGAAAACAUCCUCAUCACACACCUCUUUCAGAAGUGUAGGAUGAUACAGAGAAUUCUAGAUGCGUGGAGCUCCAAUGAAAAAGAACAGUCUGAGGGUGGCCGUCGGAGAGGCUACAUGGGUCACCUGACUAGAAUAGCAAACUCUAUAGUGCAUAACAGUGACAAAGGGCCUAAUGGGGCUCAGAUUCAGCAGCUCAUUUCAGAACUUCAAGAGGAGGACCGGGAGAGAUGGGAGGCCUUCACCUCGGGGCAACUAGCAGACACAAACAAGAUGAACACUGUAGACUUAGUUAACACACAUCAUAUUCACUCGUCCAGCGAUGACGAGGUAGAUUUCAAAGACAGCGGCUUCCAUCAGGAUUCCUCUUUGCAACAAGCCUUUUCUGAUUAUCAGAUGCAACAAAUGACGUCCAAUUUUAUUGAGCAGUUUGGCUUCAAUGACGAAGAGUUUGCCGAUCAGGACGAUGUUGUGGAUAUUCCCUUUGAUAGAAUAUCAGACAUCAAUUUUUCCUUGAAUACAAAUGAAAGUGCCAGCAUGGCUAUGUUUGAAGCGUGCUGCAAGGAGAAAAUCCAGCAGUUUGAAGAUGCUGGAUCAGAUGAGGAGGAUAUUUGGGAUGAGAAAGAUGUGACGUUUGCUCCGGAAGCUCAGAGACGCCCCAGGAGCUCAGGGAGCACCGACAGUGAGGAGAGUACAGACUCUGAGGAGGAAGAUGUGAAGCAGGGUCCAUUCGAGCCAGCUAACACGCCCGCUGAUGACCGAAUGGAAGUGGACAGUGGGGAGGGGCCUGUUUGGACGGCCAACUUCGACGAUAUCCCUAUGGAUACGGGAAGUGCAUCAAAUGCCCCUCUCUCCUCUCCUUCUGAACCUGCAGCCUGGAGCUCACCUUCUGCCAGUGGCGCCACAGAGACCGGCUGGGCCGAUUUCUCCAGCUUUACACCUGUGAGCCCUAAAGACCCACUCAGGAGCAACUCUCCAGUAGCCAUGGAGACAAGUAUAGAGACUGUGGACCCACUUGGUGUGAAUGCUCCUGCACGUGUGGGGCAGUGGCCUAACGAUGAGGACACUCAGUCACCCACUUCUCCCAAGGGCACGACAGGAAGUUCAGAUGCAGAGGAGGAACCAGCCAGCGACCGUAUCACAGAGACUGUCACGAACGGCUCCAUGAAGGAGACGCUUAGCCUUACUGUAGAUGCCAAAACCGAAACUGCUGUUUUCAAGAGGGUGUUGAAAUCUUAUCGUGAGGAAGAGAAGCAGUCUACCUCUGAAGAUGCAUCUGGGAAGUACGCUGUAGGGGAGAGUGGAGAGGCUGAGAGGAAUGCAUCAGCACCGCCUGCUAGCAACUGUCAGAAAUCAGGUGCGAAGCACUUAGAAGAGAAAACAAAAGCUACCUGCGAAUCUCUCAACGGUCCUCUAGAGAACACGGCAGCCUUGGAAGAAGCCAAAACAGAGCAGUGUGUGCCCUCUCCCGAAGCGGUGGUAAAUGGCCCGGUGUGACAGCAGGCAGUGCCAGUUUAGAUACACCCUCCAACAGGGGGCGCAGAGCAGGAGCCAGCGCCGCCACACCAGACUAACUUCACCAGAUCAGGACCAGCAAUAUUCAUAUUAGACAGCUGUACAGAAAAUUCCAACUGUAUGAAGAAAAACGUACUCUGAGGAUUUUUUUUUUUUCAUUCAUUUAUAUACUAUUGUUCUUAUGAGGUGAUCUGUCUGAUAUCUUGCCACUCAAAGUUAAUAGUAAUGUUGCUAUAGUUAAAUGAUUGUAUGAAUAAAAAUAUUUUAUAAAAGACAAAUGUAUACAGAAACAGAAGAUUAAUAACCAAACUAUACUGAUUGGAAACACCUAGUGUGACCGAAACACAAGCUGUUUUUGGUUUUUUUUUUUUUUUUUUGGAUAGGGUUUUCUCUUGCACAAAAAAUCUGGUAUUUAAUUUCCAAGUAAAAGCAACAGCUACAACAAACAAAUGUAAAUUGGCAAUCUGUCUGUUUUAUUCAUAAAUUUAUUACUACAGACAUGUUUUAAAUAUUCAAAUAGUUUAUUUUGCCACAGGUAUUAUUUGUAAAUGUUUCUUGUAUCGUUUCAACAAGCAACUGAAAAAGAGUAGACAUUUUGGUAUAGUUUUUAACUUAUUGAGAAGUAGGUAAAAUAUUGUUACUAGGAGCCAUGGAAUUAUCCUUCCCCCUCUGUGUUUCUCUCUUUCCUCCCACUCUCUUUCUCCCCCAGCUAGUAAGGCUGAGGUCCAGUUUGCAUGUAGCUGCUGAGAGUAAACUCUCCGAUGGCCUGCGAAGAAACUGGCCAACGUUUUUUUUUUUUUAUUAUUAUUACACAACUGUUUCCUCAAAAGUCAACUUUUCUACCUGGAAGAGAGCUGGACUAAGAUUUUUCUGAUAGACCAUCAAUCAUGAAUCUUGCAAUUUUUUUUGGUUUAUCUUUUUUCCAUUUUUUUUAAAUAAAAUGCUAUAUGUGCCAGCAAGAAACAAGGGAAUAAUUUCCUUACUAAAACCAUGAUGUAAAUUCAUUUAUUUAGAGCAUCCCUGUGUUCAAGAAGUGGCUGUUUUCCCUUUUUUUUUUUUUUUUUUUAAAUAAAUUCUUUUCUUUUUGCAGCUA